UAUAUAUACACCCCCCGCCGCAGUUCUCUGCACCAGCCAAACCAACCGAGGCCAACCAUCAACCAGCAGCGCCCAGCCACACAGCGCCGCCGCAGCCCGCUCGACCGAUCAAUCGGCGGCAAUGGAGGAGCGGGGCAGGGGCGCGAGCAACAAGAUCCGGGACAUCGUGCGGCUGCAGCAGCUGCUAAAGCGGUGGAAGCGGAUGGCGGUGGCGCCGGGCGGCCGGGGCAAGAACGGCGGCGGCGCCGUGCCCAAGGGGUCCUUCGCGGUGUACGUGGGCGAGGAGAUGCGGCGGUUCGUGAUCCCCACCGAGUACCUGGGCCACUGGGCCUUCGAGGAGCUGCUCCGGGAGGCGGAGGAGGAGUUCGGGUUCCGGCACGAGGGCGCGCUCCGGAUCCCCUGCGACGUCGAGGCCUUCGAGGGCAUCCUCCGCCUCGUCGCCGCCGGGAAGAAGGACUCCGCCGGCGCCGCCGCCGACAUGUGCGACCGCUCCUGCUCCUCCGAGACCGAGAUCCUCUGCAGAUGAGGCGACGGCCGGCUGGCUGCUCCCUCGCUCUGAAGAAUGAGUUCAGACGGGGAGCGGGGAUCUCCUCCUUCCUUCUUCUUUUUUUUCCUCUCUCCUUUCUUGCGUUCUCCCGAUCUUUCUUCUCGGUUUUAGCUGAAGAAAGGGGAAGAGGUUGCAGCUAGCUGGAUCUGUAAUUUGUACAACACCAAGGAUUGUUCCAAUGCAAAAACUUAGGCAUUUGAUGCUGUUUGUGCGCGCCA